CAUUUAGCAAAAAUGACUUCAAGGGACGAUGAGAAAAGUGAGCAAGAUCAAAAAAAGAAAUUCAAUUUCAGUAUAGAUCAUAUCUUAAAUCGUGCUGGAUGUUCUGUAAAUCAAGAACUAACCAAUGCAACGCCAUUUACGUGGAUGCAAUGUACUCGAUAUUGCCCUCCUAAAUUACAAAGGAUAUCAAAACGCCAAGGCCCGCAACGACGACAACUAGGAAGAAAUCCAAGAAUUCCCUUUUCCACACACCAACUGUCAAUGCUGGAGGAAAAAUUUCAACAGUCGCCUUAUUUAAGUAGCUCAGAAGUAACUAUGAUUUCACGAAUUUUAGACCUGGCAGAUGUGAGGGUCAAAAUCUGGUUUCAAAAUCGCAGAGCACGAGAAAGAAGAGAAAAAUUCCAAUUGGACAUGAAUAAAAAAAAUAUUAUCUUAACAAGCACCAAUUCGCCGACAGACGACUCUCCGCAAGAACCUUUACAUGGAUCCAUUGUUCAAAAUUUUGAAUGGUCUGUAGGCUCUGCAAGGAACAACAACGAUUUUUCAAUGGUGGAAUACGAAAGCCACAUUCGGGGCGCGUCUACGGACCCUUUGGGUCAUUCGAGAUUCGAAACGGUUAGGCGGCCAGGGCCCGAAACGGCACCGGGCACCCAUUCCCGAAUAACUUCGGAACCCGAUAACGGAUCGGGCACAAUCCAACACCGUUCGAUUGAGGAAUCACGGGACCACACGGCGCAGCUUACGGUUUUACAAUCAGUCCAUAGAUAA